AUGAUGAAUAGAACAAAUAAUAUGGAAGAUAUUACUCUGAUUUGGUUCGAUUCAAAGAUGGAAUCUAAUAAUCAGACAGAACAAACAAAGAAACAAUUACGUCAAGUCAACGAUUAUGUUGUAUGUCAAGUUCAACUUGAAUCUUGCAUUAAUUUUAUUCAAUCGAUUGAUAAUGAAAAAAUCUUUUUUGUUUCUUCAAUUUUCGAUACAUUGAAAGUUUUAUCUCAUCUUGAAAAUUUACCUCAAAUCGACAGUAUCUUUAUCUUCAAUUGGGAACAAAUCGAUUAUGAGCAUUUAAUUCUUGAUAAUUCAAAAUUGAUUGGUGUCUAUAAUGAACUCAAUUUAUUAUGUUUAUCAAUCCAAGAACAAAUUGAUUUUCUCGAUCAAAAUUUACAAACAUUUAGAUUCUUCGAUCAAGACGAACAUCUAAUUAAAGAUCUAUCAAAACAAACAGCUGAUAUUAUUUGGUUUCAACUUUAUCAUGAUGUUCUCGUUCAGUUAACUCAUGAUGAAGAAGCUAAACAAGAAAUGAUCGAUGUAUGCCGUUUCUAUUAUCGUGACAAUAUCAAAGAAUUAGAGGCGAUUAAAAAAUUUGAAAAUGAAUACCAAUCAGAAGAAGCUCUUCGAUGGUAUUUGAAAAAAUCGUUUCUUUACAAAAUCAUUAAGAAAGCAUUAAGAAUCAAAGACUUCGAUCAACUCUACAUAUUUCGAUACUUUAUGAAAGAUUUAACGGAAAAUUUUAUUCGGGAACAUGAAAAAAUGAUUCAGUCUGGUAAAGAAAUAGUAUUUACUUAUCGAGGAAUGAAAAUGACAAAAGAUCAGAUCGAGAAAUUUCAAGAGAACGAAGGAAAACUAAUUUCGAUCAAUGGUCUUUUCUCAGCAAAUAUUCUUUGUUCAACUGCCUUGGAACAUGCGUUAAACAUUUCGAAACAAGCUGAUCUCAUUUCUGUUCUUCUACAGAUUCAAUGUGAUCUAAAACAUCUGAACAAUAGUGCCAUUAUUUCUGAUAGCGUUCAUUUCAACGAAUUUCCAUGUAAUGAACAACAAGAAAUUCUCUUCGAUUCGAAUGUUACUUUUCGAUUGGAGAAAAUGAGAAUAGAGGAAGGUACUUGGUUCAUUCAUAUGAGUGCAUCAAAUGAAGGUCAAGUUAUCAAAGAAAAAUAUAUCAAAGAUUCACAUCGACAAAUCGAAGAUUUGAAUAUUGAAAUUCUUUUUGGACGAUUGAUGUGUGAUAUGGGUCUAUGGAAUCAAUCACAACAUUUCUUUGAGUAUUUAUUAAACAAAUCGAAUAACAAUAAUAAAGAUCUUGCAAUGAUUGAAUGGAGUCUUGGUAAGGUUCUUCAAUGGAAAGGAGAAUGGAAUCAAGCACGGAAAUAUUAUGAUCGUGCAUAUGAUCGAAUAAUCAAGGAUAAACCAACACGAACCAAAUAUGUAGCUCAUAUACUCUUUGAUAUUGGUGAGAUUCUCUGUGUAGAAGGAAAACACAAUGAAGCUCUCGAUUAUUAUGAACGAGCAGUUGCACUGAGAAAUGAAAAUUACUUGUCUUCUAAUAUCAAUAGAUCUCGUCCAAUGACACAUCAUGGUAAUAGUGUAUCCAGUCAUAUUCGCGCCUCUUUCACACCAAUUUUACUGACUUUAUCUGGAUUCUUUCAAUCGCGUUUUCAAUCAUUUCGAAGUAAAAAAUUACAAGGAAUUCCCCGCCGAAUCCUCUCGAAAUAUAAUACGGCAGACAAAACGAAACAUGUCGACGAAAAAUCAAUCGAAAGACGUUUGUUAGAAAUAUGUCAACACAUAAAAGAAGCUGACAAAUUACAAAUGAGUGAGAUUCACUUGGAUGAUUAUGUCUUUAUUGCUAAUAUUCUCCACAGUUCUGGCAAGAUUUGCGAUCGAAAAGAAAAAUAUGAUGAAGCACUUAUCUUUCAUCAGCAAGCACUGACAAUGCUCGAAGAAUAUUAUCAAUCUCCUCAUGUCGAUAUCGCUAUUAGUCUUUAUCACAUUGGUCAGGUUUUUACACAUCAAAACAACUAUGAUAAAGCCUUCGAAGUCUUGCAACGAGCAAUGUCAAUCUAUACAAGAUAUUAUCCAAAUGAUCAUGUUUACAUUACUUCCACUCUCAACAGUAUUGCUUACAUUCUCUAUCUUGAAGGCAAGCAUGAUGAAGCUCUGAAAUCUUUUGAACGAGCAUUGACAAUGCAACGAAAGUAUUAUGCAUAUAGUCAUAUCGAUAUAGCUGAUAGUCUUUCGGGAAUAGGACAUGUUCACUAUGGACAAGGAAAAUAUCAUGAAAUUCUAGUAUAUUAUGAAAAAGCGUUGAAAAUUCUACAGAAAUAUUUUUUUCCUGGUCAUGAUGAGAUUAUUUGUACACUAAAUAAUAUUGGCUAUGUAAAAAACGUUCAAGGAAAUCAUGAUGAGGCUCUUGAUUUUCAUCGACAAGCAUUGGAAAUGCAAGAAAAAUAUUAUCCAUCUUAUUAUGCUAAUAUCGCUAACACUUUGAAUUACAUUUCUGAUAUACUACUUCGUCAGUCGAAAUGUGAUGAAGGUCUAUGCUAUUGUCAACGAGCACUAACGAUGCAAGAGAGCUUUUAUCCUUUCGGCCAUGCCUCAAUGGCUUCGAGUCUCAACAGUAUUAGCAACAUCCUAUAUAAACAAGGCAAGUGCGAUGAAGCUAUUGAUAUGCAGAAAAAAGCACUUGCAACUAUCGAAAAAUACAAUCCACAUGAUCAUUCGUCCAUUGCUGCUUUUAUAAACAACAUUGGCAUUAUGUUGGGCGCACGCGAGAAAUAUGAUGAAGCUCUUGAUUAUCAUCGAAAAGCACUCGAUAUACAAGAAAAAUAUUGUCCAUCGUGUCAACAUAAGAUUGCUGACAAUCUCAAUUAUAUCGGUAAUAUUCUCAUUGAACAGAAAAAAUACGAUGAAGCCUUACAAUAUUAUCAACAUGCACUCGAAAUGCAAAAGAGCUAUUAUCCAUGUGGCCAUGUUGAUAUUGCGACAACCCUCAUUAAUAUUGGCACAACGUUUCGUGAACAACACACAUUUGAUAAAGCGAUUGAAUACCAUAAAAAAGCAUUAGAAAUUCAAGAGAAAUAUUAUCCAUCAAACCAUGCUAUCAUAGCUGAUACCCUCAAUAGUAUUGCUCAUGUUCUAUAUAAUGAAAAUAAAUAUAAUGAAGCGAUUGACUAUUGUCAACGAGCACUAUCGAUUCAAGAAAAAUUCUAUCCUAUUGGUCGCAUUGAAACUUCUUAUACUUUCCGCUUGAUUGCUAACAUUCUAUAUGAUCAAAAGAAAUACGAUGAAGCUCUUCAAGUUUAUCGAAAUACCUUGGCUAUCCAAGAAAAACAUUAUCAAUUUCCUCACAUCGAUAUCGCGCAGAGUCUCAAUUAUAUUGGUAAUAUCUUAUAUAGCCAAGAGAAAUAUGAUGAAGCUUUUGAUUUCUAUCAACGAUCAUUAGCUAUUCGAGAGAAAAUCAAUCCGUUGGGUGAUGCUGGUAUUGCUACUGUUCUUAACAACAUUGUCGAAGUCCUAUGUAAACUAAGCAAAUAUAAUGAAGCUCUUAAUUUUCGAAUAAAAGCAUUGGCAGUUCUGAGAAGUAACGCUCCUAUUGAUCAAUCGAAAAUAGCAAGCAUUCUCAAGGACAUCGGUAAUACUCUCUAUGAUCAAACAAAAUAUGAUGAAUCUCUCGAUUUUUAUCAACAAGCAUUGGUUAUAUUCGAAGAAUACUAUCCCACUAAUUAUAAUGAAAUAGCUAAUUGCAUAUCUUGGAUCGUUGGUAAUCUCUAUCGAAUGUCCCAGUUCGAUCAGGCUAUUCAAUAUUUAGAAAGAUGUUUGUUGAUUACAGAAGCCAGUGUAUAUCCAAAAGAUCUCUCCAUUGCUAUCAUUCUUUCGUCUUUCUCAUUUAUACAAAGUACAAGAGGCAAUCAUCAAUUCUCUCUUAUAUAUGAACAGAAUUGUUUGUUAAUGCGUCUCAAAACUCUACCGCCGGAUCAUGAAGACAUUGGCAAUAGUUUAUCAGAACUAGGUAACAUUUACGAAAGUCUUCAUAAACAUAAGUUGGCACUUAAUUACUAUAAACAAGCAUUGGUUAUCUACAUGAAGUGUUUACCUCCCGAACAUCAUAAUCUACAAAAGAUAGAAUCAAAUAUUGAACGACUAUCGGAAGAAUUCGAUUCAUCAGAUUGA